AUGAAAGCUCGCAGCAGCACCUCGUCCUCGCGCGGCGGCGGCGGCGGCGGCGGCGGCGGGGAGAGGACGAACUUCAUCGUCGUCCUCCUCGUUUUGGGGAGUCUCGGAUGUUUGAAGCUGUGCUGCGUUGGAUUAUUCGCCAGAGGAUUUUUAUUCGUGCGCGUUGAACUCGCGCAAAAAUCAUCGUCGUCGUCGUCGAGCCACGCCGGUGAAAGCUUCGCGACGGACGCUUCUUCUUCUUCUUCUUCUUCUUCUUCUUCUUCUUCUUCUUCUUCUUUCACUACUACUACUACUACUUCUCUAGUAAUCGAUAAGCUCAUCGUGCUCAUCAUCGACGCAGCGCGAUACGAUUGGGUCGCCAACUCUGCGUCACAUUCUGCUCUGAAACGCGAAGAAAGUGAUGAUGAGAGCAACAAAAACCAUGGCUUGACGGAGCUGCGAGACUACUAUUACAACACCGCAGGAGCAGGAGCAGGAGCAGGAGCAGGAGCAACUGCGCGAAAGAGGAAAUGGAGAAAGGAAAAGAGCGACGAUAUAGACAGCGAUAGCGAUACGUCCGAUUCGUUGCUGUUUAAAUUCAUCGCGGACGCACCGACGACGACGUCGCAGCGGCUGAAAGGACUCUUGACCGGUUCUCUUCCAACGUUCGUUGACGUUUCGAAUUCGUUCAGUUCAAAAACGCUCGAGGAAGACAAUUUGAUACAUCAACUUCAUCGGAACGGGAAGAAAAGGAUACUGUUUUCGGGCGACGAUACGUGGGCAGAUUUAUUCCCACCAUCAAUCAACGACGAUGGCAAUAAUAUUUCUUCUUCUUCUUCUUUUUCUUCUUCCUAUUUUACUGAUUUUGAAGCGUUUCCUUCGAUGAAUGUAAGAGAUACCGAAACGGUCGAUACGGGAGUUCGUAACUCUUGGAAGAAAGCGCACGCGUUGGCUCUAAAGAAUAGGAAUGGUAGUAAUAGUGAUAAUAAUAGUAGUAGUAGUACUAGCAACGAUAGCGCUAGUUUUGAUUGCAAUGUUGCAGAUUGGGACGUGUGGAUUGGCCAUAUGCUUGGCGCCGAUCACGUCGGCCACACGUACGGUGCGAAAACAAAAGAGAUGAGGAAUAAGUUGGAACAAAACGACAGAGAUAUUAGGAACAUUAUGAAUGAUAUGAAGACAGAAAAAGAGGUUUACAAAAACGCGCUGUUUUUAGUUUUCGGGGAUCAUGGUAUGACCGACGAAGGUGACCAUGGCGGUUCUUCCGAAGUUGAAGUGAAUUCGUUCCUCUUCGCGCAUCGUCCGCACGGAAAUAUCAAGGAAGUUUUUGAAAGAGACGACGACGACGAUAUCAUUGAGAGUGAAAUGUUGCAAAUAGAUUUAGUUCCUACGCUUGCUGUGCUCAUGGAUGUUCCCAUACCAUUUUCCUCGCUCGGCGUGGUAAACGAGAAACUUUGGAACUUAUUUCAUUACGAUGAAAAGGAUGACGCCGAUACUAAUAAUGGUGAACAAAGAGGUAGCGCGUCUUUUGCAUACGCUCUCGACCAGAACGUGCGUCAGGUUUGGAGGUACAUCAACGCGUAUCAUCGCGUGAAACGUUUUGAAACGUCGGCGUUUACUCGACUCGAAGAAAUGCAUGGUAGGUACCAGAACACUUCACGACUGGAGAGUACUGGCUCGCGCGAGAAAAAAAAAGAGCUGGGACUUGCGUUUUUGAGAGAAACACAAACGAUGACGCGCAGUGCGUGGGUUACGUUCGGAAUGCUUUCCAUGGUAUUUGGAGUUAUCGGUUUUUUUGGCGUUCUUUUGUUAUACAUGUACUGCAUCGCGUACUUUACUUCUAAAGCCGACGUCACCGACGCAAAAUUUGAGACUGGGCGAAGAAAAAAAGUCGCGCCGACGAGUGCGAGUAGUGCGACGAAUUCGCAAUCAUUCACGUCGUUUCCUUGCUUAUUUGUCGCGAGCGUGGUAGUGUAUUUCUUGUCGCUCGCCGCGAGAUGUUCCAAUUCAUUUAUAGAGAGUGAAAGAGAGAUGUAUCAAUAUCUCCUGGCGACUUUACUUGCGUCAACGUGCAUUGAUAGAUUGAGAUUUCAUAAGAACAAGCACCCACGGGAUAGCUUCGUAAGCUCGAAUAGGUUCGCAAAAGAUGGAGUAAUUUAUAACGCAAUCCUAGCUAUGAUCUGCAACGCGUUAUUAGCUCGCAUCGGAGAUACGUGGGUGAAAACGAAUUCAACUGAAGAAAUUUCGUCUUCGCGAGAGAGCUUGUUGAUCUUUGCAACUUUUUGCUUUGCGAUGUCUCACCAUCUUCAAAAUUUUGAGAUGGCUGUUUCUUGGAUCUUUUGGGCAUUUAGCGCCACGUACAGAAACAAUCUUUGGUAUCCCCGAAUAGUUUUCGCGUGCAGCUGGAUUUGGUUCCCGGUGACGCGCCAGUUUGAAAGCUUGAGUCCCAGGCGAAGACUGAAUUCGAGAGAUUUUCUGUGGACGCUGCUGCCAGUGUUUGCAGUCUUAACAAACUCAACUCACAUCGGCGGAGUGUUUGUACUCCUCAGCGCGCAUAUGAUAAACUUCUCUUCUAAAUCUAUCGGUAAUAUGCUGACUUUAUUUCCGUCUACUUCGCGCCCUGAUGCGCGUCAUUCAUCACUGUCCAAAAGCCGAAGAGACGAAAAAGAAGAAAGAGAAAAGACAAUAUUCCUCUCGGGAAGUAUUUUUACCGCGUGCGUGGCGAGUUUGCUGUUCUCGCAAGUAAUAUUUUAUGGAGGAGGUCAUUGGGUAAAGUUUAAUGGAUUGAGGUUCACCGCUGGGAUGACUGGAAUGGAUUCGUUCAACUGGUAUUUGUGUGGAAUUUUGUUAGGCUUGGAUACUUUCUGCGGAGAAAUUAUUUCAGUCUUGAUGUUUCCAAUAUUUCUUUCGUACUUUUCAUUGUCGUCGUCGUUGUCGUCGUUGUCGAUGCGCGGAGGAUGGAAGGAGAAGCAACAAGAAGGACAAGAAGAGCAAGAAGAACAAAAACAAAAACGCGUGGAUUUGAACGUCAGGAGUGUUGGCUUUCUCACGCUCGCGUUUCUUCGCGGAUUAGGCGUUUUCGUUUCAACCUUCUUUGUCGCAUACGAGCGACGACAUCUCAUGACUUGGGCAAUUUUUGCACCCAAGUUUAUCUUUGAGAUUUGCUCUCUCUUGUGUUUUGAAUGUUUCCUGGUUUUCAGUUUCGUUCUCGCGUCUAAAACGCGCGUAUACGAAACUCUUUCCGAAAAAAAAAUUGACGAAGAUUUUAAGAUGAGAGAACGCACGCGGCGUUCAAAAGUCUACAAAAGUCGCGCCUAG